GCUGGUGCGCGCCAGAGCGCCGCUCCGCCCGCGCUCCAGGCUAAGCGCGACGGGCCGGCUGGUGGGCGUCAGGGUGGGUGCCAGUGUGGGUGCAAAGCACUUCAGGGGUGGAGGCCAUAGUACAGGAGGAGGAGCAUGCAGUGGGUGGGAGGGCUCCUGGGUCCUAGCGUGUGAGGCUGCAUUCGCUUUCAUCCGCUUUGGUUAUGAGGUGUUUUCCGGCCGUCUUCCCCUCACCGCCAGUCCAGACCAGAUAAAGAUACGGAGCAAGGAGAGAUCAGGUGAUUUCCCACAGCAACCAGAAAAUACUGGGUCUAGAAUCAAGUUCUCAAAUUUCCCAGGUUUUCUGAUCCUUUCUAUGAGUUUCACCAUCUGUGGUCUUUACUAACAACUGUGGUUUAAUCAGUUGGUAAUAGAGAAAAAUCAUUAACUAGGAGAGAAUGUCAAAUCUAAAAAUGAAAGAGGCAGCCCUUAUCUAUUUUGACAGAAGUGGAGGCCUCCAAAAGUUUAUAGAUGAUUGCAAGUACUACAAUGAUUCAAAACAAAGUUAUGCUGUCUAUCGAUUCAAUAUUUUAAUAAAUCCUUCUGAUGUUGUUGAGUUAGAUGCUGAACUUGGAAAUCACAUUUUACACCAGCCUUUAAAAGCUGCUCAAGUUUUCCAAUCAGUCUGUUUUAUUGCUGUUAAGACUCUCUCAUUAAUUGGACAAUUGCAGACAGAAACUCAAAUUAAUAUUGUGCUGAAAUUAACACAUUUACCUCCUCUGCCAAGUUAUGGUCUCAAUCUUUGUGACUUUCCACUUGAUUAUACAUCUCAGAGAUUUUAUAUGAUGCAAGGAAUUGUGAUCGCAAUGACAACAGUAACUAAGUAUACACAAGGUGCAAGAUUUCUUUGUUCAGAUGAAGCAUGCCCUCUUUCAGAAGGAUUUCAGUAUAUAAGAGUGCAUGUGCCUGGUGCUACAGAAUCUGCAACAAUAAGAAGUGACUUUUUGUGCAAUCUAUGUGCAUCUUCACUUCAAGAAGACAGAAAAUUUAGAGUACUUGGUGAUAAACAGAUAGUUGAAAUAAUUACCACAAAGGCACUUCAGGCUUUUCAAGGAUAUUCUAACAACCAGCCAUUUAGGUUCCAAUCUCUUACAAUUUUCCUAAGAGAUGAAUCAGUGAAUAAAAUGAGUAUAGGAAAUGAAUAUAAAAUUAUUGGAAUUCCAACAUGUGUAAAAACCUCACAAACUGUCUGUAUAGAAGCAAAUAGCAUAACUUUUUGUAAUUCAAAAGUUCCUUCAGAAAUUAGUAACAACUUCAGGUGUCUCCUCUCCUUGACUUCCAGUUCAUGCUGGAAGUUUACAGCAGUACUUGCCAAUAUCUUUGCAUCACAAAUUGUUCCUCCUGGGACUUACAAUUUGCUCAAGCUCUGUUUGUUGAUGAGUCUUGUACAGACAAGUGACCGUAAAAAGGAACUGGAAGAUUGCCUGGAUAUUUUAAUUAUAACAAGUGAUACUCUACUAGUAGAGAGGCUUUUGAAUUUUAGCAUAAACCUUGUUCCUCGUGGUAUAUGUCAUCCAGUCUCUGCUGAAAUUUUUCCCACUCUAUCCAGGAAUAAGUAUGGAACUGGAGCAGUUAGCAUUCAAGCUGGCAGUGCUUUGCUAGCCAAAGGUGGUAUCUGCUUUAUAGGAGAUUUGGCUUCACACAAGAAAGAUAAACUUGAACAGCUUCAAUCAGUUCUAGAGAGCAGAAGCAUUACAGUAUACAUCCCAGGAAAGAAGUUUGGGGGCGAUAUCGAUCAACAAAUGACUUUUCCAGUUCAGUGCAGUUUUUGGACUUUUCUUGAUAUGGAUUCCUCUUCAAGGAGAACUACACAGAAAAAUAACGCUUUAAUUGGUCAGAUGGAUUGCAGUUUGAUUCCAGCUAACCUCAUGGAGGCAUUUGGAUUAUUGAUUAAUUGUAAUGAAUCAUCUCCUUGCCACCCACUUCUUCCUACGGUGCAACACACUUUAAAGAAAGCCAUUGAUCCUGAAAAACUGCUUUAUGUAGCUUCUAAACAGUUCACAACUGAAGAUUUUGAGAAGCUACUGGCUUUUGCAAAGAAUUUGAAUGUAGAAUUCAGCUUGGAAGCAGAAAGAAUGAUUCAUGGCUAUUAUCUAGCAAGUCGCAGAAUCAGAACAGAUUCUAUAUAUGGAUCAAAACUCUCAGCAUCUGCAUUAAGAUAUUUAGUUUCCUUGUCUGAAGCCCAUGCUCGACUGAACUUAAGGAACAAAGUGGUUAAAGAAGAUGUACUAAUUGCAGCCUUAUUAUUUGAAACAUCUCUCACAUUGAAAUAUGGGGCCACUGUGUUUUGUGUUGCUCCAAAUGCAGUAUUUCCAUUUGACUUGUAUAAUGAAGAGUAUUUAGAGCAAAGGGAUCUCUAUCUAACUCAGUGCCAGCAACAGCUUGAACAGUUUAUUGCCACAUAUGGACCUGGGACAGGUGUUUUAUCUAGCGAUGAAUAAUUUGAGGAAAUUCUUCAUUCCUACUUUAAGCAGUGGGAAAAAGUGUGAGUAUUUGACUUUCAAAUAAUGCUUCAGAUAAUAUUGUGUAUAGUACAUUAGAAUACUACUUUUAAAAAUAUAGUGUCCUCAAGAUUAAUUACUAAUGGGAAAAAUACCGAUCCAAACCUUCAUAGCCAACAGCAGACUUUUAAAACUUGGAACAAUAUGGACAAUUUACAAGUGAUAAAAGUUGUGGAAAAUACUGUUUUAAAAGAACCCUUCUGUCUGAUUAGCCCAGAAUAUCAAUGGUGAACAGAUAAAAACAUAAGGAAUGUUGCAAGCUAAGCUGUGUGAAAAAUGGUAACUUUUAUGUAGUUUGCUCUAUUUGUCACAAGAUGGAAAUAACACUUUAUCUACAAAUAACUUUAAACUAUUUUUCCCUUACUUGUGAACUUGCCAAAUAAUAACUAUAAUUUAUAUAACCUUUUGUCUGACUCUUGACAGAUCAAAAACUUUUAAAAAUUAAAAAAUUAUAUAACCUUAAGCUUUAAGUUUAUGGCCUUUUCGUGUACUGUUUCAGAAGCCCUACAUAUAGAGUCAGGAAAAGCCAUGGGAAUUUUCCUUAUAUAUACAUAAACAUGCCAGGUAAAAUGAAAAUUUACAUGGAAUCAAGGAAACUGUAAUUUAUAAAUUGGCUCUUUAGCCCUGACUAGUUACAAGAAAAGUUCCAAAAGGCAAAGAAAUCAAUUUGCAAGCCCAGUCUUCACUUCUGGAGGAAAGGUUAUCUGUUCUGAAAAGGCAAGGACAUUGUGAGAAAAUAUACCCAUUUUGUAAAUUUCGUAAAUCUUUCUUAGUUCUCACCUUUCAAAGCUUUAAAAAAAGAUCAGUUCCGUCCAGGUUCCAUGUGACUCAAAUAAAAAAAAAGAUCUUUCAAAAUUAGCAGCACUUAGGAGCUUCUUAACCAAAAUUCAGGACCACUUGCCCACUCUCUAUAGGAUCUAGAAGCCACCAACAUUGAACACCUACUGGUGCCAGCUAGAGACCAUAGUAUUAAGUUUUCAGAAAGCAAAGCUAGUUUUUAACAAAAUAUUUACAUAUUACCAUUUGAUAUUGUUAGCAAGACCCUUAU